AUGGCUUCCGUUGCCGCACUGCAGUGCGUGGAACGCGGCCUGUUCACCCUCGACGAACCAGUGGAACGCCUUCUCCCUGAGCUCAAGAGCCCACAGAUUCUUCUCAAGAUUGACGAGAAGAAGGGCCCAACGUUAAAGCCAGCCACCAAAAAGAUCACCCUUCGCCAGAUGCUGACCCAUAGCAGUGGGCUGAGCUACGAGUUCACGCACCCAAAGAUGUUCAUUUGGCGUCGCUGGUUCCUAAAGCAGAGCAAAGAGAACUAUCGACUAACCAAGUCGACUGACCCCGCGGAGGCGUAUCAAGCCCCUUUACUUUUCGAGCCAGGCGAGGGAUGGGCCUACAGCACAGGUAUUGACUGGGCCGGAGUGAUGGUCUCCCGCGCGACUGGCUUGAGCCUGGAAGAGUACAUGCGCAAGAACAUCUGGGACCCUCUGGGGAUGAGCUCCACGACCUUCUAUCCAGAGAGGUAUCCGGAGCUUCUUCCACGAUUGGCAGCCAUGGCAGUGCGGGAUGACAACGGAAAACUGUCUCGUGGCGUGGAGAAUCCGCUUAAGGCGUACAUGGGUGUCCGCGAGGGUGGAGGUGGCGGAUGCUUCAGCACUGCGAACGACUACAUCAAAUUCCUCUCGGCGCUGUGCGCGGAAAAAUGCCCCAUCCUGAAGGAGGAGACCCGAGAGCUAAUGUUCAGCCCCAACCUUUCGCCAGCGGCCAAGAAGGGCUUGAUGCAGAUUCACGCGUCGCCGGAAGCCUUUGGCCUCGCAGGCAACGUGCCGAUCGGAACGGACCUCGAUUAUGGGCUCGGCGGCAUUAUCAACGUGGAAAAGGUCCCAUCCACCGGCAGGGCGGCAGGGACCAUGCAGUGGGGCGGACUCCCGAACCUCAUGUGGUUUGUCAACCGUGGCGAUGGAAUUUGCGGUGCAUACUUCAGCCAGCUGCUACCCAGCGGGGAUAAGAGAAGCUUCGAGCUUUACGAGAUGUACGAGAGGGCCGUGAUGAGAGAAUUCAGAAGUGGAGGGCGAGGGCGCCUGUGA